AUGCGCACACGAAAUUGGAUGAUAACGGGUAACCAUUGCGAGCCCCGGCAUCGAGCCCGUCGAAGAAGCGAUUGGUGCCCUCCGGCAAUGUCAGCUUUUCGAUGCGUUAUCCUGGAAGGAGUAAAAGUAGAGAGAAGAGACGAACACGUCAACCAGGGCGCGCAGCUACGCGCAGCGCUAUUGUGUAUCACCGCGGGCCGGCAAUACACAGUAGAUGCGAUUGGGUGGCCGUUCGCAUUUUUAGGUCGAGUAUAUCCGGAGCUAAUGUUUUCAUUUUCCACAGUUCAUUCACCCAUUUCGCAAUUUGCCAAUAUUCCGGAUUUAGCAGCUGGUCAUGACCUUAGACUUUCGCAUUGUGACAACGGGAGUGCUGCUUUGUCGUUUCUUGGAUGCGAGUUCGUUCAAACUAUCGAAUACCACCAGAUAGCUCAUCAGAUGAACAUGUUCAUAUGGUUUCACCGAGCGCCCUAUUCGUCAACGCAGAUGCUUGACACUAAUCUGAGGAAAACCCCUCCACUACAAGCUUCACGUACGUAUAUUUUCACCAUUUUGAUCAUGGCUGAAUGGGUUUUGGGCUUCUUCUAUCAGCCUUCGCCGAACCGGGAUGGCGAUGGAAAUGGUUUACUUGAAACGUUCUCGAACAUGUCGAUCGAAUAUUCUGAGGGAAAUCUCCAUUCUCUGAAUUAG